AUUGUGCCCAUAUGUAGUAUUGUACUUUUCUUGUAAAUAUGACUAAAUGUUACAUUCUUAUGCAUUUAAUGUAGCAUUAUAUGUCGAUCGAAGCCAAUUCGAUAAACAAGCAAAGCCCGUUUUAUCGAGUCUUAUCUAUAGUGAAUGAGUGAAAGCAAUAAGUUUUUAUUUUAAGCGUCAUGUUAAAGGCGCGAUAAUAUGAUCAUUUAGGCCGAUACAGAAAUAACAUUUAGCCUAAAAUGAUUAAAAUGUCUACAGAUAGUGUUACCACAGACAAAAGGGUCCAUCCUCCGGCUGAGAAUUCGGAGGAUUUAGAGGACGGUGAGAUAGAAACUGAUGAUGAGGACAAUAAUAAACCAGCAGAACCUGUUAAGCCUGUAGAAAUUGUUAAGCCACAAUCCCCAGUUACACUGAAAACUUCAGAAAAUGCCAAAUACAGUGAUAAAAAGCCAUAUUAUAAAGAAAAAUAUAAGAAAUCCAGCAAACACAGCAAAGAAAAAAGAUCUAAGAGUAUCUCUGAAUCAAAUCACUGUGACAUUAAUAAUGAAGAUGACUGGGCAUCUAAUGUUGAAAAAGCUAUUGCAAAUGCAAUAAGGAAAGAAAGUGAUAAUAAUGACACUAAUUCAUGUGAUAAUAAGGAUAAUAAGGAAGGAAGUAAAGAUAGUCGUGGUAGAAAAAGAAGAAAUAAAUCUUCCAAAGGAUCUUCCAAUAAGGAAUCUUCCAGUAAAAGGCCUAAAGUUGAAAAAGUCAAGGAAUCCAGCAUACCUGAUGAAGAUAUUGAUGAAGAUGAACUUCUUGGUAUUAGGGGUGGCAGUCCUAUCAAUAACCUUCCAAACCCUUUGAAAAUUGAAAACUUUUCAGUUGAUACCAUCAACCAGUAUGAUUCUUACUCCAGUGGAGAAAGUCAUGAUUCAGAUGGCUCACGAAGUUUUGAUGAUCGUUCAAAACGUAGGCAGUCAAGAGGAACUUCAAGAAGACAUGAGAGAAAGGGGUUUAAACGGCGUAAUAACUCCAGCAGCAGGGAUUGCCAUCCUCUACAAGAACCAGAUGGAGUCUGUUUAUUUUUUAUGCAAGGAAAAUGUCAAAAGAAUGAUGACUGUCAAUAUUCUCAUGAUGCGGAACCGACUCGUAAAAUGGAAUUGUGUAAAUUCUAUUUGAUGGACUGCUGUGCUAAAAAAGAUAAAUGCCUAUAUUUGCAUUCAGAUUUUCCUUGCAAAUUUUACCAUAUGGGUUUAAAAUGUUUUCAAAAGGAUGAUUGUAAAUUUGCUCAUGGGAAACCUUUGACCAGUGAUUUUAAAAAUAUUCUUUUGAAGCAUAUAGAAACAGCUCCAAAAGAAAUUCUUGGAGAUUUUCCACGUCUCAGUAGAGAAGGUGCUUUGAAUAUGGUUAAUGCAACACAACAGAAACUUAUGGAGCAACAAAAAACCCAUGGGGUUACAAAAUCUCCAAUACCUUCAUUAUUUGAAUUAAAUAUUCCCAAGCCUAAAAGUUUAGAAGUUAAAAGUAGCAGAUCCAGUAAAACAUCUUCGGGUGUCAGAAAAUCCAGGUGGUGUAAUUCUCAACAUUCAUCUGAUCCUAAUGCUAAAUCAUCUUCCAGCUCAUCACAAAACCAUAAUACAAAUCAAAACCAAAAUUAUUUAAAUAUUCAGAAUUUAAAUGGAUUGCUUACAUCCAAACAAAUAAAUGAGUUAUCAUUACUGGGAGUAACUAAAUUAGAUGAACUCAACCAAUUAACAGUGAAGCAAUUGAAUGAUCUAGGAAUUACGAUGAUUCAGAUUAAUGAGAUUCAACUGAAUGCAUUGAAUAUUCAAAAAAUAACAAAUUUGACGGCUUCUAAUUCCAAGGCUGGGAUACCAUUUACAGCUGAAAAUGGUAAAGAUUUAGAUUUGAGAAUACCACCACCACAGCUGAGAAAUGAUAUAGUUUCUUUAGAGACAUGUAAUAAAGAUGUAGACAUGCGAAUGAUGCCAAUAAAAAAUAGUGAUAAAAAUAAUUUGAAUACAGUUGAGAUUAUGCCUGAUUUGGGUGUUAAUAAAAAAGACAAUUCGCAAUACUCCACACAAAAUAAAGUCGACGAGAAGUUUUUAACAGAAAAUAAGAUGCAAGCAGCUCCUGUGAUCGAUUUUUCGCAAUAUCUUAAAGAUUCUAGAUUAAAUUUGGAUAAGGAGGUAAGAAGCAAUGAUAUUGAUGAUCGAAAAAAUGAAGAAGGAAAAGAAAAUGAAAGCAAUACCAAAUUGUUCAAAAAAUCACUUGAGAAUAAAUUAGAUGGUGAUAAUAAAGUGGAUGUGAUGUCUAAACUUACUAAUGAAAUUGACAAACUCUUAGACAGUGUAGUUGAUGAUGAUGAAGCUUUACAAAUUGAUGAAAAUUUGUAUUAUUCUGACGAAGGAGCACAAGAAACUAAUGUUAACUCAAAUGAUGAGGUUAAUCUGGAUAACAGUAAGGAGGAAAGCAAAAACAAUGAGAAGAAAAUAGAAAUAAGUUACCUACCUGAGUUGCCUGCAUCUUACAGUGCUAAUCUUAUAUCUUCUAACUGUGAUAGCAUGGAAAUAAAAUCUCCUGAGAUAGACAAGCAGGAUACUAAUUCAGCACCAGAAGCCCAGUGUGAAUCAGAAGCUGAUACUGACUUUCGGAAGAAUGCUGAUACGGAUCUGCGGCGAACUACUUUUGGUGAUACAGAUUUACGACAUGUGAGGAUGGACACUGACUUAAGAAGAGUUUCUAAAGAUAUAGAUUUAAGGAAAAGUAAAAUAAACAAAGAUGUUGACUUAAGACUCACUUCAUCUCUAGAAAUGCCGUUUAAACCAGUGACCCAAUAUACACCUGCAUCUGAAAUAGAUGGCUCAAUAACUUCCCAUCCUCCUAUUAUUUAUAAAGUGUAUGAAAUUGAAGUUUCUGCUCCUGAUUAUAGUAAUAUCAUUCGAUCUAUUCCGCAAUCUCAAGCUUUAAUAGAUCCACGGUUAAAGAAGAUUUUUAAAUUAUCUUCAGAUUCUCCAAAAACUGUAGAAGAGCCCGCCCCUGAAUCUGUUAAUUCUGCAGAUGCAGCACCAAAAAAACCAAGGGUGGACCCUAGAAAACGUAAAGUGGAAAUUGUAGAAGUGCCAAAUUUAUCACCAAAAGCAUCAGUUUUAGACAUUCAAGUUGUAUUACAAACUUCCGAUUGGUACAAAGAAUUAAGUACAAAUCAAAAAAUUAUGGUUAAUCAACAACUGGCAGCCGUUUCAGGGUUAUUGAAACAGUUCAAUCAAGAUAAAAAUCCUAAUAAAAUUUUUGAUCUCGCUCCCAUCAAAUCAAAUCCUAUUUUAUGCUCAAUUCUCCAUAAUUUAGGUAUUUAUCUAACAGAAAAUGGUCAGUUUGCUUAUAUUAAAGAUAGUGUUGAACUAAAUAGAAAUCCACCAAUGAUAGAAUCCAUUCCACCUCACAUAAAUAUGGGCCCAGUUUCUAUGGGUCCUUGUAUGAACCAGUUGCCCAUGAUGCCUGGAAAUAUGAUGAAUCCUCCGGGUUUUGAUAAUAGAUUUCAACCUGGGGAUCCUAGAGUGGGCAAUGGAUUAUUGGGACCUGCUCCAAAUAUGCCUCUUGAUGGAUAUAAUAUUAAUGGACAAUAUAAUCAUGAUAAUUACAAUCAAAACUUCAUGAAUUAUGGAUUCAAUAAUGAUCUCCCAUGUGAUGAAGAAAAUUAUUACAAUAUGAAUCAUAAUAAUAUGAAUCCUAAUAAUAUGAAUCCUAAUAAUAUGAAUCUUAAUAAUAUGAGAGGUAAUAGAAAUGAUGUUCCCCAUAGCAAUCAUGAACACUGGAACAAUAGGCAUGAUCGAAAUAUUGGCCCUAGAAGAAAUUUUAAUGAUAGAGGGCGAGGUGGCGGUCAUAGACCACGGGAUCGAGGUGGGGGUUCUAGGAAGGAUAAGAUGAAUAGGAAAUAAUUUAAUUUAGGAUAUAAUCUGUAAAUAGAUUUUAAUUUAUAUGGUAAAAACUUAGUUUUGCAGUAUUUUUAUGCAAAAGCAAUAAUAUUUAUGACAGUUUUGAUGACAAUUUAUUUU